UUAUGUGUUUUAUCUUGCGAUAAAACCAGUAGCACUUGAAGUAGGAACGCAGGCAAUAUAAAUCAUACCCAUAACAGAUUGAAUUAGAAAGAUUCUAUUGAGAUUUGAUCCAUCGGAGAAAAUGGGAACGAAAAACAUGAUGGAGUUUGGGGAAGAUGAAUUCCUGGCAUGCUGCGGUAGCACGAGAUUCGCCCAAGAAAUGGCGAAGGCCUCUCCUUUCUCUUCCCUUGAGGAAGCCAUUGUUGCCGCUCGAGAUAUCUGGUUCAACAUCGUCGACGUCAAUGGCUGGCUCCAAGCUUUCUCUGCUCAUCCUCAGAUCGGAAGUUCUCCUUCCUCUUCUUCUCACUCCACUUCUGCUCAGUGGAGUAAGGGAGAGCAAUCGACUGCUUUAGCAACUGCUACUAGCUCUAGCUUACAGGAGCUUGAUGAGUGGAAUGCUCGCUAUAAGGAGAAGUUUGGAUUCAUAUUUCUUAUAUGUGCAUCUGGGAGGAGCACUGACGAAAUACUUGCUGAAUUGAAGAAACGAUACCCGAAUAGGCCUAUAGUUGAAUUUGAGAUUGCAGCUGGGGAGCAGAUGAAGGUAACGGAGCUGCGUCUUGCAAAGCUCUUCUCGACUAAAACAAAUGAUUCUUCAACAGGCAAUCCGUAUCCUGAAGCUGUCUCAAAGAAAGCUGAAGAAGAUCGUAUGAGCAUUAUUGGAGGGCAUCUAACUGCUGCUUCAGAAUCUUCAAUUCGGAAAACAUACCAAAGUCCAACUCAAACCCGUCCACCCAUUACAACCCACGUAUUGGAUGUGUCACGAGGAUCUCCGGGUGUCGGAAUUGAGGUACAAUUAGAAGUUUGGAAGGGCCCUCAGCCUCGUCCCCUAUUUGGUGAUCCAGAUACUGGUGGUUGGAUCAUUCAGGGGUCUUCAGUUACAGAUAAUGACGGACGGAGUGGUCAGUUGAUGAGCAUAGUUGAUGCUGUGGAUCCAGGAAUAUACAGGAUAAGCUUCAACACAGGUAAAUACUGCCCCGGAGGGUUCUUCCCAUAUGUUUCUAUUGUGUUUGAAAUCAGGGAGUCACAGAAGUUGGAGCAUUUUCAUGUUCCGCUGCUGCUGUCGCCGUUCUCUUUCACCACGUAUCGUGGAAGUUAGAACCUUUUGUUGUUUCAGUCAACAAGUAAUUUAUCAGUUGUAAAGAUUCUCAAGUUCUUAAAAGUUUGUUAUUGUUCAGAGAACUUCUUUGUCAAUGUUUGACAAACCUAAAGAGGAAAAUAGUUCCUUUUGCAAUAAAUGUGAUUCUCUUGCUAUAUAUAUAUUUA